AAUAACUCAAAUCAUGCCUGGGAGACUUCAGAAUAAGGUUGCGAUCAUCACCGGAGCUGGGUCGGGCAUCGGUCUCGAGUCAGCACUUCUCUUCUCGUCCGAGGGAGCACAUGUUGUACUGGCCGACAUUAACCUGCCGGCAGUGCAAGCUGCUGUUGAAUUGGUUAAACAGAGGAGCCCAGCUGUUGGAGCCUUGGCUGUGAAGUGCGAUGUGAGCAAGGAGCGGGAAGUCGAGGAGCUCAUCAAGACCGCGGUGACCGAGUUUGGGAGGUUGGAUAUCAUGUUCAACAACGCUGGGGUCAUGCACCCAGAUGAUGACAAUGCGCUGAAUACGGAAGAACGCAUCUGGGACUUGACGAUGAACAUCAAUCUCAAGGGUGUCUGGUUCGGUUGCAAGCACGCUAUCGCUGCUAUGCGGUUGAACAAGCCGGAUCUUGCCGCUGGACUCCAGACUGGUGGAAGCAUCAUCAACACCGCCAGCUUCGUCGCAAUCAUGGGUGCAGCUACCCCUCAGCUGGCUUACACGGCGUCGAAGGGUGCUGUUCUUGCAAUGACCAGGGAACUGGCGAUGGUGCAUGCGAGGGAAGGGAUCCGUCUGAACUCCCUCUGUCCUGGUCCUCUCAAGACUCCGCUCCUCAUGGAUUUUCUGAACACACAAGAAAAGCGUGAUCGUCGUCUGGUGCAUCUGCCAAUGGGUCGGUUCGGAGAGGCCAUUGAGCAGGCCCGCGCUGCUCUUUUCCUUGCCAGCGAUGACUCAAGUUACAUUACUGGCACUGACUUCAAAGUCGAUGGAGGUCUGUCCAGCUGCUAUGUGACCGCGCUCGGAGAUCCGGUCCUGCCACCGCCUGUGAACCUAGCUCCUGCAAAAUGAGGAAUGUUUGCAGAAGGAAAGUAAUAAGCCAAUAUUGUGCGAGUAGAAAGCGAAUAGAACCAUAUCGAUUCAUUGAACAUGUU